GGAUACAUCAAUAGGUAUUGUUUAGUAAUAUUUUUAUUUGAAUCAAAUUUUUAAAAUACAUAACCACCAUAAAAAGCUUUUUGAUUGAAACAAAAAAAAAAUCUCAAUCACCAUCAACGGCAAAAAAACAAAAACAAAAUUACUAAUUGAUUCGAUUGAUAUUGAUCCAGAUUAUUUUAUUAUCAAGAGUUAAUAUUUUGCAAAAACAAAAACAAAAACAAAUAAAAUGGCCGCCACUUCAAUGCAAUUUAGCCGAUUGUUUGCCAUUAUGGCUAUUGUCGUCAUAAUUUUGAAUGUUACAUUAUUGAUGCCAAAAGUUUCGGCACGAUAUCUACCGACACGAAGUAAUGAUCAAUUGCGACGGCAAGAAAUCAAAGAAAUUUUACGUCUUCUUUUAGAUCUACCAGGUGAUGAUAGUGCUUCAUCAAGAGAUCCACAAUUAGGAUGGAUAAAUGGACAUGAUGCAUAUGAUAUGAAUACGGUACGUGUUGCACGUAAUAUUCAAGGAUCAGAAAUUGGUGCACCAGAUACAAUGGUUAAUGCUAAUAAUCAAAGAUCAAAACGAUCAUUUUUAUUAAAAUCUGGCUGAAUUAAAUUAUAAUUUCAUCAAUCAUAACAACGACAACGACAACACCACUAAUAAUAAUAAAAUCAAAUAAUAAUAAUAAUAAAAAC